CUGUCUGCUAGCUGCUCGAGGCUUGUUUGGCGCUUGACUGACGCAUUCAAAGCUCAGUAAUGCUUUAAGGCUUUAAGCGCCCAGUUCAUAACACAAUAACGUCUAGAAAAUAAUAAUUCUACGUAACUUGCAAACUAAGUAUCCUUAAUUGAUCGCGCAUCGGAUUCCCGCAACGCCGGUGACGACAGUGCGAUGUGUUUUGAAGGCAGCUGCAAGAAUAUCGUGACAGCUGCCUGAAUCGUUAGGUAGUGUGCGUAGCAUCACAGAGAUGGAAGACGAAGCUGCUGUCAUCUACGGGCUGGAACUUCAGUCCCGAUCCCUGGCAGCCUUGGCCGCCGAGACUGAGACAGUCUGUUUCCUCGUGGGCACUCAGUCGCUCAAGUGCGACAACCAGAUCCACGUUCUGGUCUACAACGAAGAGACCAACUCGUUGAACAAGGCAGUCUACAUCCACAGCGCUGGCGAGCUCUGGCAUCUGGCCUGCUCACCUACGGACAGAACCCUCUUCUCUUCCUGCUACAAUGAAAUCACCAAAGCUGGGAAAUGCGAGAUGCAGGCUGCCAUCUGGAAGCUGCCGGAGGUGCCAUCCGUUGGUGACCUUUCGCCUCCCGACGACGGACUAGCGUCACUGCCACGACUCGGAAAGGUCACCCACCUUGACACCCUGAAGUAUGGCACCGAAGUGCCCAGGGUGUUAUGGGAGCCCACGGAGGGCCGCAAGUUGGUCUCUCUGGUCAACAACAAUCUCCUCAUGUUCGACCUCGCAUCGGCAGGCUCAUCAGCUUCGCUGACCGGGUGCAUCACAGUGGAGCUCAAGGGCAACCCCAAGCUCACCUGUGCUGCCUGGAAUCCCCACCAGAGCUGCACCCUUGUGGCCGCAGCCGUGGACACCGGAAUCAAGGCUUUCGAUUUGCGCUCCAUGCAGCAAGUGUGGCAGAUCGAAGGGGCUCAUGGACAGGUUGUUCGGGAGCUAGACUUCAACCCAAACCGUCAGUACUUCCUCGCCAGCUGUGGAGACGACUGCCUGGCCAAGUUCUGGGAUGUCCGGAAUCCCACUGCGCCGGCGGUCACACUGAGUGACCACUCCCACUGGGUCUGGAGCGUGCGGUACAACCACUUUCACGACCAGCUCGUGCUGACUUCGAGCAGCGACUCACGGGUAAUCCUGUCGCGCGUCGCAUCCGUGUCGUCCGAGCCCUUUGGCCACCUCGUGGACGACGAAGAGGAGGGCGGCGAUGAGCACAAGGAAAAGAAAUGCGAAAAAGAUGGCGUGAUAGCCACGUACGAGGAGCAUGAGGACAGCGUCUACGCCGUGCACUGGUCGGCGGCCGAUCCUUGGCUCUUCGCUUCUCUCAGCUACGACGGGCGGCUAGUACUCAACCGAGUUCCGCGCACCGAGAAGUACAGAAUCCUUCUCUGACAGCGCCCAACAUUCCUCUCUUUUUCGUUUGGAUGUUCGCAAUAAAUGUAAGAAUUUUUAUGGUUUGCCA